AUGUCUGACCGCGACGUCUCUUGGAAGGGCCAUCCUCUCGUGAGAGAGGUCGGAAGCCUCUGCCCUCGCCUGCCUGCGCCCGAGCAGCCCAAGAAGUCCGCCUCCGAAACCAAGGUCAAGCUCACUGAGGAAGCCGAGAUUCCCGACCAGCUCAAGAUCCCCGACACUCCAGCCAAACUCCUCGACAGCGAGACUUACCGUUGGCCUUGCUGGGCCUGCAGAAUCAAGUUCCUCGCCAAGAAAGACGACAAGUUAACCACGAGCACCAAGGGUCCCAAAAACAGACUCCGCGGUAUCGAGGACAGGGCUGUGCAGGAAUUUAUCAUCAAGGCUGAGUUGCGUCGUGCGAAGAUCGAUACUAGCAAACUCUUUGAGGAAAAGCCAGAGAAGCACAAGCCCAUCGUCGAUAUCGACAAUCUUGAUCCUUUCUCCGACACUGUCAUGACGGCUCCUGAAGGGUUCGAGGAGAUUUGGGCGAUUCACCCCUUGGGUUCCAUGGGGGACGUUGAGACCUGGUUAGUUCGGCGAGUAGUAAUUAUUUCCGUAAUACCUCUGAACGAGCAACGACGAGCCAAGGAGCCAAGGAGCCAAGGAGCGAAGGAGCGAUGUCGAGUAGACCGAUGUUGUCGGACAGUUGAGGCAAGAGAUCCGCUGGUAUCACGAAGCAAGAGGGGCAGCGGACGAGCGGAACUGGAAGCGCGACGGAGUAUGGCACGAAUCCUUCUGAUGCGAUCAAGACCCGGAAGCCAUUGGUUAUCGGCCGAGGCUUGA